AUGGCGGCCAAGUCGGCGAUGUCCAUGCUUUACCUUGUCAAACGGGCGUUCUCCUACUUUGAUGAAGACUGCUUCGCCGAGGUCUUUCAAACUUUUGUGCUACCGCAUCUGGAGUUUGCUAUCCAAUCACGGCGACCCUGGACCGCUAAAGACUUGGGCAUACUCGAAAACGUUCAACGGCGAGCAACGAAACUUGUAUCUGGUCAGUUGUCACUACCCUACGAAACGCGAUUAGCUAAUAUUGACCUCUUUCCUUUGAGUUACAGACAGCUACGUGGGGACCUGAUACAAGCUUUCCGCAUCGUGCGCAAUCAGGGCUGCUGCCUCGCGUUUGGAGACUUCUUCGAGUUGGCGACUACGACUAACCUGAGAGGCCAUCCACUCAAACUGCGUGUGGCUGGUGCCCGGGUUGACAUCCGAAAGUUCUUCUUCUCCAACAGAGUGGUUGCAGCUUUGAAUGCCUUGCCUGAGGAUGUUGUUAAGUCAGGCUCGGUAGAUACUUUUAAACGGAGACUAGAUCAGCAUUAUAGCGCGCACCCCAAUAACGCCGGACUACGGCCACCUUAUCAGCCAACGCUGGCAUAUUUAGUGCUAUAACGAUGCUACUACCAACAUUUAAGUAAUAUAUGUUUAUAUAAUUUAUUAAGCUUGGACCACGUCGCUCACCGCUGUCCGCAUUCACCACGAUGCCUGUUGACUAAACAAUUUUACUUCUUUUCCCGUAUCUUAAGUGUGCCUCAACUGUCCGCUGUAUUUUGAUCAACAAAGCAAGUUAAUGUGUCUCUAAACUCUGUUAACGCAUGACAUUCUGUGUUCAUCUGCACAGUUUUUGCUAUUCCCCUCGCAUUUCUUUCAUGUUACUUCCUUUCCAUUUCCUCCAUAUAUAUCCUCUGCAUGUAACCAAUAGGGAUUUCAAAGGUACACACCUACUUUCCCUGAAAUAUACUGAUACUGAUACUGAAAUGUUUAGUCCCUUAUGGCCUAUUCCUAAUGCCGAAAAAAAAUGUAUGGUUUUCCGCAAGCGGAAAAUGCACGGCUUGUAGUUAAGAAAUCCUUGAUGGAAGUGGGACGGCAGGUCGGGUUAAAAAUUAAUCGGAAAUCGGAAAGGUUUUCAAAAACCCAAUUAUGCACUUCCUUCGAGUAUAACAUUGGAAGAAUACGUCAUUUUUUAAUGAGUGCGCCGGUUAAAGAAUAUUUUCUGCGUGUUUUCCAUAAAAUGAAAUAAUAUUUCUAACAAAGUCGAAAUUUAACCAAUAAAUGCAUGAUACUUAAGUAGUCAUUUUUAAGGAGUAUAGUUCAUGCAUGCUGUCUGAAAGUAGUUCGACCGAAAGCCCGUAUAGUGUAGUAACUAGAUUUUUAUAGGCUUGCGUUGCACGAUACUCGGUUUUACAAUCCUGCUUAAUCACCCUUUUCGAAAUGAAAACGCAUUUCGGAAUUUCGGUUGACAUUUCAUGAGUUAGCCCAUCCACUGUAUGUACUUCAUUACGGAAACGGUGAAAUAGGAGUUCCUCACUAGGUGUGCUUUGAAAAACAAACAUCACGAAUAAGAUUGUGGCAAACCCCUGCAUAUAGGGAACAGGAGGACGAUAAUAUGUGUUGUUGAUUUCUUGUCCCUGUCUUUACUACUUCGAAUACUACUAGUAAACGAUCAGCAUGCGUGUGGGCGUGAUCAGAGGCGGUUUUCAGAAAAGGGACUGAUGCCUACCUAAGGCAGUGUUUGAGACUAGGCUUGACAAUAGCCAGAUAAGCAGACAGAGAACGCCAUGUUCUGAAAAUUAGAAGAUAAAUAGGUAGGCGAUAGCGAUGGACAAUAUCGUGCGCUGGAUUAUAAGUGACGGAUUUUUGACUGAAUUAUAAAUGUAUCAUUCAAGAAGGGGAACAUAAGAGCAUGUUGCCGAGACACAAUAGUAAAAUAGAUAAGCGAUGAGUAUGCUUGAUGCUCCGCCUAUUCCUAGUCAAAAAAACGGUUCCAAGAGACAAAGACAUCCUUUAUGAUUCCAUUCAAAUGCCAGCAUCCCGUCCUCACUAAAAUACUUUUUGAUUACACCGUGGAUAAUCAAACGUCCGUCAUAAUUUACUAAGAGUUGCUAAUUAGAAUAUGAAUUAUCCCCUUAUGACAUAAGUGGUUUUUUCGGGGGUUUUUUCGAAGCAAUAUGUACAUUUGAAGGAAAUCUACUGCGAGAAAUUUUAUGCAGCUGCUCAUCAUGCAAGCAUUCUUGCAAAUUACGUGUUAUUUAUUGAAACUAGUAAAACGGCCGCAGCGAGUGAACGCGGUAAUUAAGGCCAAAACCGAUUAUUUGCAGGACAGGUAGCAUAAUUAACAUUGAAAUAUGAACUAAACAGAGUUUAAAAGUAUGUGGUCCUGUACUCGCACGCGAAGACUUUACUGAUGGGAUCUCACUAAGUCUCAUGGACCAGGUGCGAUUUCAGGAGUACUCCUCUGUCAAAUAGCUAAAGUACUAUGACAAACCCUCUGUGUAAUCUUCCGAAAAUCCCUCAAACCUCCUAAGCUCCCGAUAGAUGGAAUUUGGGCAUUAUCUUUCUUAUCCACCAGAGAGGACCAGAACUUUAUCUAAAUAACUACCGCCCGGUCAGUCUGAGAUGCACUUGCCGUAAGCUAGGGAAAAUGAUAUUUGGAAAAUCAACUACACCGCCCGAUACAUUACGCUGUAAUUUUUGUACGCUUCAUCAUGGAUGUUGCCUCGCAAACCUGCAAAUGCCCUCGGUUAGGUAUAUCGAGUGUUUGUGUGGCCUCACCGGGAAUGUGCGGUGCAGGCUUGACGAACGUGGGUUCGAAAAUAUAUAGAUAUACUUAAAAGUGUACGGCAACCUGCCACAAGGCCCCUUUCAUAAAGUGAAAUACUUUACAUACUAACUGCGCCGGAGCGCACUGAAUGUCUAUCCCUUCGACAUCGGACAGGACAGAGGUGACCUUCUGCAUCUUUUUAGUUGUUAAAGGGAACUGAUCGGGAUGUUACCUUGGAAACUCUUUUUAAAAUAAUAUCGCAGCAGAAUACUAGGCCGAGAUUGAGACCCUGCCUACCGUGACCUUCAGGCCAUGUUUCGAAUCAAAAGAGGAGGCGGAUGACAGUGGGAAGGAUAACAUAUUCUGUACAGAUCAACUGGAGAAGAAGUCAGACGGAGUUAACAGCACGUCCGACACCAUAUAAACGGCGUACCAAGUCGGGUCGUAAUAAGCCAUGACACGUCUAAUUCGGCCUUCAGUCUGAUUAACCUGUUGGAGAGCCGUGUGGACGAGCGUCAGGCAGCCUUGACGCGCAAGUGCAGACAUUCGCCAAAACCCCAGCGUUGAAAGCAGCGCCCAGAGAAGGGCUACUACAAUAGCAUCAAAGUCUUAUAUCAGACUCACGUUUACUUACUUAAAUAAAACUGUGCAAUACCAAGCAACCUUCCUACUUUCUCCCGCAGCGAGACAUUUGUCAAGGAAGCUUUGUACUAACUUAUAUUGAUCAUUUUCCUACCUCAAGUGUGUUGAAAAGACAUCUGGAGAGUAACCAGGUAAAUGGCCACUUUAUUCUCCAGACACCCAUGUAUUCCACUACGGAAAUGACUACUGAAAAAGUGCUAAAAUGAUUUCAGCAGCCUUUCAAACAAAUAACAAUUUCACAGAAGAAAGCGAUAAAUAUGUUCUUUGCUCUUAUCUCGUAAAUGCCGAUCAUUUGUAACCUUGAUGUCUUAUCAUAAGAUUUAUGCAUUCCGCAUCUAAAACUAAAUUUAAAAUGUGUUUUUAAUUAACUACUUUAUAAGUAUACGAGCAUAUGUUUAUGAGGAUUUGCAAAGUUUUCUGUCAUUUUCUUUGAAGUUACUGACUGCUACGGACUGACAGAGAGAUAAAACAGAAAAUGUUUUAAUAAAAAGAGCCGGAGAAUAACAUUUUUGUUAAUGAAACCUCUUACGCAUGGAUAAUGUUGGGUAAAACAUAAAUUUGUUAAUGAAUAACAGGCAACACAAUAGUUAGCAGCGGAACCUUGAUUAUCGACUAUUGAGAAAAUUCCCCGUUCUCACUUCCUCAUUUUAAUCUCACGUCAUAUGAGGUUUUUUCGUAAAAAGGCACUUAUUGAUGAGCUACAGAAACUACUGGAACGUAGAAUGGUGUACAUCUGGACAAAUGGGGUCGUUGCAUGUCGGAUGUUAAAGUCUCCAUUAUUUCCACCGAGUUCCUUUGCUCUUUUCUACAUCAUCUGCACAUAGGCAAUCAAAUUUUUUGUUGUUUUAUAUAUACACUAGAAGAUUUGAUUACGUUUAUUACUCUUUAUUUGUAUAAUAAGACAUUAAACGUUGGCUGAUAAAGUCCUUACACCAAUUCCGCCAGCGUCAAUGGAACACACCGAACGAUGAGCAAAUCGAUGAUUUGAUAAAAAGAUAAAUGUCAAGCAGCGAUGAAUUAUUUUAUUUCAUGAUGAUCGUGAUGUGGCUCAUUAUCUAUAUUACGCUUCCAAGAGCACAAUAUUAAUAAACGUGACCGAUUGUACGCCGCAAUAUUUUUGUGCUAUUGUGAAAAUAGCCGUCCUAUGCAGACCUUGUCAGCGAAUUCUUUGCUUUCUAUCCACAGCGCUGUUUCACACAGAUUUAUUGAAAAAUGCAAUCACAGAGGUCAAUAUCUUAAAUCUUCUGAAGUCAUUGAUAACACUUUGUUUGGCGUGGUCGUAUUCCGGCCUAUUGGCUUUAUUUUGCAACAUAUUUUUCAAGAUCAAAGGUUGCCCAUGAGUAGAAACUCCUUGAAAGGCAGGUUCUAACAUAUACGUUUCUCUUUGGCGUCGCAAAUUGUGACUUUUAUUACUUUUGAAUAUUCCUAAAUGUUUUUUUGUACAACUGACGAUUCUAGUCAGGCACAUUGCGACACUGCCAUGAAUGAACACAAUAGCUUGAGGUGCCUUAGCCCUUUCUACCAAAGUUAAAUUUUUUAACCGAAGGUGAUUUCUAUCCUCUGAGGAACAGAAAGGGCUAACCGGAUCAGUAAUAUUGCGUGGCUGACGUCUCACAGGGCUUGGCUUAUCAUAUUUCUUAGAUAAUCAACUCGUAUCUAAUACCCUUGCUCCCCAAAUGCUAAUGCAUUUUAUUAAAAAGACGUUAACUAAUGCCAGCAGGACAUUUAAUUUCUGUCAGUGCUCGGCGUAUUGAUGUUUUGGCCAUUAUUAUGGCAACAUAAACGCACAAACUGCUUGUCCAGUAGGUAAUAUCAGGGAAACUCAGCUGCUGAAAAUGCCAACAUAGGAGUGUAUUGCGGAAGCAGGCGGCACGUUUUGAGGUUCAAUGUACACAUCCAUUCUUCUAGUGGUUUAAAUGAUAAUUAAUGUCUGUUUUGGACCAAGAAAUGCGACGGUACACCUACAUGCCAGCUAAGUUCGUUCUCACCUGUCUCCAGUCUUCUUUACUUUAUCGUGGCGGAGGAUGAAUCUGUAUGGUAGAUGUUGCGCAUGUGUAAUAUCAGGAAAAAACGAUUUCGUCGCAAGUCAGCAAUCCUGUUCUUACACUGCAGUGGCAUAUUCGGUUAACAUCGGGUGUAAAACCUUCGCGCUCUCAGCAAAAGACGAAAUGUUUUAUCAUUGAAAGUGUUUCCUAAAUACUGUUAUUGAAAAGUUGCUGGAUUUGUCCUGCACAAAAGUUCUGAAAAUCUUGCUGUUUAUUUUGCGGGCGGCGGAGCGGCUAAAUGUUGAGCUGGCGUUUAACCAACCGGCUAUUUUGGGGCAACUUCAAAAUAAAUCUGAGGUUUAUUUCGGUGCAACAAACAUUAUCGUAAAUCGUCUUUGAUAUUAUUUUGAUAAUUUCUAACAAGGCUAAUUUAAUUGCCCUACCGGCGUAGGCAAUUUAAGCCCGCAAAUAUUACAAAGUCCUAUUCUUAACUAUAAUAAUGAAGUUAGCUAUAGGCAUCACAAUACGUUUAACCAGAAAAUAGCGGACUUUGUUGGAAACGUGACAAGAGGUUUUUUCGGAAUUUUUCGGACGCUGGCCACCCAGUUUGUCAUCGUUCAUAUGACCGAUGUGAAAAACAGUUAAGUCUUUGAAAUUUUGUUGCACUCGUUAUUUUUUUGAUUUAAACAUAAAUCAUGGACAUUUCUUGCUAGCCUCAUCAUGCCGAAUCCGGUGGCAUUAAGCGUGACCAGAGCACCAGCGACCUCCCUCAGUCUGAUCGCUGAAUGUUUUGAUAUUUGUGUCAGACAACGAACGCCAUUUUCUACAAUGCAACCGCCUUAAAUGCAACUCUACUGCAUGCUGCUUACGAUCCCGGAAAUUUCCUGCGUAUCAAAUGGCCUUUCAGUCCCAUUACCUGACGGUUGUCUCCGGUCGGUUUACAACGCUGCGGCAACUGCUAUGAAAAUUCGAUUUUCACGUACGCGAGCAAUUGCUACUAUCUAGGGUCGGUUAUUUACUCUCGGAAUAGUAUCAUGCCUUAUGCGCAUUAUAGCUACUUUAGUAAGGCGAGAUAUAUUUACCUAAAAUGCGUAAUAUAUUUACUCGAUAAUAUUAAUCUACCUCAGUUUUAACCCAUUUGAAAAUUCGGUUUCGUAAAUAGAUCCCAGCCCUUUCGAUUGAAUUCUCAAUAGUUUCGUUGAUAAUAUUUCCAUUUGUAUCUACUGUUCAUAUGACUUCGGAACCUGUUUAAGUCUUUUUAUCAAACAGAUUUCCGUUAACAUAAACCAUCCAGCGAUUUUCCAUGGAAACAUAUGCAUGCACGAUACCCGUGCCAACCUUCAAAGUAAAAUAUUUGAGUUUUUGGGACACACUUGUUUCUCUCACUGUGUCGGGUGGUGGUUUCGAGCGAGAAUCUGAAACGUCAGGCGACUGAGGCUCCUGUCACAGCGAUCGCUCAGACUAUUUUUUGGCAGAAAUACUAAGACGACAACUUUUCGAAGUUAAAUUCCACAUACGCACAUCUGCUUCCUACUUAAAAUACUUGUAAAUUAUUCCGCAGCAGAAUACUGGCCAGUUUGAGUAUCCACGCCUCUUCUUGUAGACCGUCCAGGUCUCCGCUCCACACGUCACCGUCGGCCGAAUACUUGCUUUGUACAUCUUCAGCUUCGUUUUGAGAUGGAGACCGUGACCUCCACAGACGGUAUUCUGCAGACGGAUUUGGAAAUCAGUCGGCCAACUUCAAGGUCGAAGUUAGCGCUAAGGGAGAGGGUGCUGCUCAGAUACGUGAAGUUUUCCACCACUUGCAGUUGGACUCCGUUCAGGCAUUGUAUGCAGUGUUGGGUGGCGGUUGGUGCAUGCGAACCGUUUUGUCUGUGUUGAGGCAUUUGACCGAAUUUUUCACAGGCAGCGGCGAAGAGGUCCAUGCUUUUUUGCAUGUCCCUAUAUGAGGUGGUUUUGAGGGUACAGUCGUCGGAAAAGAGAGGUUCGUGGACGGUAGUUGUUAAUGCAUGCGACCGGAAGUGCACCCGUCUGUGAUUAAGGAGGUGGCCGUUCGUCCUGUCGGCAGAUCCCGAGGCGUCCUUCAAGAAAGGCGUACAUCAGUGUGCCUGUGAACAUAUGACUUAAGAGGGUGGGUGAACGGAUGCAGAUCUGCUUCGCUCCGGUAGACACUGCGAAGGCCUCUGGGAUAAAUCCAUUGUCCGUCACGAGCGUCAUCAUGCCAUCGUGGAGUUGACGCACCAUCUGAGUGAAUUUUUCGCGACAGCUGAAGUUCUGCAUGGUUUUUCAGAGUCCGUUAAGAUUCAGUGUCGUGGGCUAUCGUCGGAUCCAGGUGGGUCCACAUCUCCUGACACUUCGCCUGCAUUUGGCGGGCUGCGAAGAUCAUGUCCGUUGUCCUCGGAUGACGGCGGAAGCCGUACUGGCUUUCCUCCAGAAUGUCUUGUUUCCGUUGAUUGUUUAGACGGUUGAGAAUGAUGCGAGCAAGGGUUUUCCCAGGCGAUGUUCAGCAAGAUAAUGCCUCCGUGGUUGUCGCAGUGAUGACGGUCUCCUUUACGCCUAUAUAGGUUGAGGGUUUUGGCGUCCUGAAGUCCUUAGGGACUUCCCCUUGACUGUCGGAAGACGGGCGUGGUCUGCGUCAGAGAGGGUGAAGUGACGGUUGUGGAAGCCUCGGCAGUGCUCGGCCCAUGGUUGGACAACUUUUGUCUUCGUAAUGACUAGGAAACUGCCAUCGUCGCAGCGAAGAGGUGCAGUAGCUUUUAUUGGUGACCCGUAGACUGUCUUGAUUGCUGAGAAGAAAUUCUUCCAUUUCUUUCGGUCAACGUAUCCUCUGAUCCCCUUUAGCCUUGCCAGCCGUCCAGGCGUCCUGCACCUCGCACAGCCGGCGGUGACUGAGGUAGGAAACAGUUUUGUCGUCGUCGGUGGGGCGGCCGACGUAGGCUUUGUGCGGGCGGUUCUUCUAGGUGAGUACGUUGCUGAUGACGGUGUUCUUUUCAUCACGCCAGUGCUGGUGUUGGCGGAGCGCGCGACCGAGAACGGUCAGCGCCGUCGACUGGACUGUUUCCCGCAUUCGACACCAUUGGUUAUCCACGGAAGCGUUGUCGCCAACGGCGGCGGCGGCGGCGUCAUCAACUGGAAGGCUGCUAGCUAUUGA